UCUCCUUUCUGUCCUCUCUUUCGGGGCCCCCGACACACGGGGUCAGAGCGGGACCGGAUGGGCUCGUAGCGGACACCGGUUCGGACGUCAAUGAGAGAAAGGGAGAGGGAGAGCGCGCGCGCCUGAGGGAGCGUUAAUUAGAACAACCUGGUGAGGCAAUUAGGCGCGAGGAGAGAAGAGCGGAGCGGAGGGGGCACGCGGUGAGUGUUUGGCACCAACAAAACUCACUUCAGACUCGUCAGCUUCGUCUUCUGCUCAGGUUAAAGCUUCCUGCAGGUUUUAGGGUGUACAAAAAAACUUUUUACAUAGUUUUGCAUUUUUUUAAGUUUUUUUUUUUUUCUGGACAGUCGUAAAGAGAUAAUUUUUUUUUUUUUAGUGCUUCUGGUUCUUCGACACCAUGAGUUGGAGUUUCCUGACGCGUCUGCUGGAUGAGAUCUCAAACCACUCCACCUUUGUGGGAAAGAUCUGGCUGACUGUGCUCAUCAUUUUCCGCAUCGUGCUGACGGCCGUCGGUGGCGAAACGAUCUACUACGAUGAGCAGAGUAAAUUUGUGUGUAACACCCAACAGCCCGGAUGUGAGAAUGUGUGCUACGAUGAGUUUGCUCCACUUUCGCAUGUCAGAUUCUGGAUCUUUCAGGUUAUAAUGAUCACCACCCCCACCAUCAUGUAUCUUGGUUUUGCCAUGCAUAAGAUAGCUCGCAUGGACGACUCGGAGUACCGCCCGGUUCGCAACAGAAAGAAGAGGAUGCCUAUCGUCAGCCGUGGGGCAGUGCGGGACUAUGAGGAAGCAGAGGACAACGGGGAGGAGGAUCCAAUGAUAUCUGAGGAGAUUGAACAGGACAAGCCAGAAAAAACUGAAAAAGGUACCGAAACAAAACACGAUGGCCGACGACGGAUUCUGCGUGAUGGCUUAAUGAAACUCUACGUUUGCCAACUCCUGUGGCGCUCUGCCUUUGAGAUCGCAUUCCUCUUUGGCCAAUACGUCCUCUACGGUUUUGAUGUAACAGCAUCCUAUGUCUGCUCUCGGCCUCCCUGCCCACAUUCUGUGGACUGUUUCGUGUCCAGACCUACUGAGAAAACCAUCUUCCUGCUGGUGAUGUACGUCGUAUCCUUACUCUGCCUGCUCCUCACCGUCCUCGAAAUCAUCCAUUUGGGUAUCGGCGGAAUACGCGACACCUUCCGCAGGCGCGCCUUGCUCAACUCCCAGCGUCGGCCGCGUCCGCCCUCAUCCCGCUCCCUGCCCACGGCUCCCCCAGGAUACCACGCCACCAUGAAGAAAGAAAAGCUGAGGGACUUGCCGAUGGGCGAUUCCGGGCGAGAGAGCUUUGGAGACGAGGGCCCUUCGUCCAGGGAACUGGAGCGGCUGAGAAGGCAUCUGAAGAUGGCGCAGCAGCAUCUGGAUCUUGCAUACCAAGCAGAUGAAGGAAGCCCCUCGCGCAGCAGCAGCCCGGAGGUAAACACAACUGUACAGACAGCUGCUGAGCAGAACCGCCUCAACUUCGCACAGGAGAAGCAAGGAGAGUCUAGUGAGAAGGGAAUACGUGCCUGAGCGUGCUUCCAGCCUCAGAAGUCUUGUCCUUCCAUUCCUACUGGCCUUAAAUGUUUGGGGGGGGCACACAUGGGGACAGUCGGACCACUGAGGAAGACCAAAGCGUGUGUUGGUGUGUGAAUGUGUCGGUGUGGAUGAAAGAGUUGUGCCUUUCAGUAUUGGUGGUCAUUGCAAAGCAAAAGUGCUGCUGACUGAAUUUGUGUGACACUAAACUUGAAAGCCUGCUACGUCUGGAGUUUUUCUUCUUGCCAAACAUAAACUGUGCCUUCAGUUAAGCCCAGAUCUUUCAAAUAUCCUGUUUCUUUGUAACCAUGCAAUAGUCCUAAUCCAGCUUACAUUUUAAAAGCUCCAUAUUUAUCUGGCUGAGCCAACAGUUUGCCUUUUUUGUGAAUUGUGACUGAGUGUUGAGGCUUGUUCUAUGAUUGUUAAAGAGCUUAGCCUCAGGGUAUGUCAGUUGGACUUUGUGCAUUGCUUUUAUUUUUCCUGGCAAGGUUUGCUUAACCCAUGCUGGCUAAGUCGACAGAACUGGGUACUGGGGUUCCUGAACCAUAGAAAUGUCCAAUUGGCCAAAUAAUAUACCUGGGCAAUGCUUGAACCCUUAACUAAUGGGAAAUGUUUUGUUUUUUUUCUUUUAAAAUAAAUAUCAUUUUACCAGCUUUCAGCUUCAGAAGUAGAAUGUAGGAGAGUUCAGCCAAUUAGUUCCAAGAAAGAUGGGUUGUUUUCCCAUUAUCAGUUGCAUCCUGAGAAGGAAAAUGGACUAAAGCCAUGCAAACAUGUUUAGUUCAUUAGAAUACUGAUCUGUAACUUCAGAAUUCAAACCUUUCCAUAGCUUUCUAUUUACUUUUACUUGUGGCUGCAGACAAGACCACUCCUGUAUCAUCUCACUUGCAGUUUUUGCUACGGACAUCAUUCCGGUAUAUGGUACUCCUUAAAUGGCUACUUUGUUUUUUUUUGUAGUUUUUUUUUUUUUU